GGUAGCGGAAGUGGGUGUGGCUAACAGGACAGUACGGGAUCACAAGACUUCAGCUGAAAGAGAAUGUGUUGUUCCAUACUCCCAUGUACGAGUGAACUAGACUCUUUCGGGCGAUUUGAUUCGCAUGUGUGUGCAAUAAUAACGAAAUCGCGUGCAAUUGUUUUGGAAAGCGCCACGCCAUUUUGUCAAAGAAGCCCUCCAUUUCCAUUUCUCGGUGGUUUCAUUUGCACAAGGAUCUACCUCUUGACUUGAAUAUUACUGGAGUGAGGUCAGCAUUGCAUGACUCAAUCGUGGAUAAGCAUGCAGUCAUUUCUGUACUGUUGCAUUGGACCUUGCAAUUGUUCUUAUGGCGACCUUAAGCGAAGAAAAUAGCAGCUACGGUUGUCUCCCAUGAAUGAGCAACAAGUUAACCUAAAGACACAGCUUGGCAUCCCAAGACCUGAAGAUUUGAAGAAUAAAAGCAAAUAGACAUGUUUGAGCUACACCAUACUGAAACUACUAUUUCUGCACAGGAGAUGCUGCAGUUUUGUAUUUUAAAGCUUACCUGCAUUCCUACCAUGUUGAGUAGGUUUGGAUGACCAUUAACUGUCUUAAAACAAGGGUGAUACUCUAAGACUCUUCAUUAAACCAGAGAAAGCUUAGUGUGGUUUGGGGAUUUGAACUCUUGUCUCCAUAACCACCCACUCCACCAGACCCAAGAAUCUAUAUUCAUGAAAGUCAUGAGUUUGCAACCUCAACAGAAACCGAACGCAAAGAGAACGGGCAAACGCAUCACUUUCUUUAACGAUCAGGGUGUGGCAAUGAAAGAGGCCUCUCAGCAUACAGAGGCCUACUAUGGCAUUGGGGUCCCUCCCUCAGGGCCUGGCCAUAAUGACAGUGGAGGUGUGGAAAGCUCGAAUGCAGAAGCUCCACAUAUGUACCUCAAUUCUGUCAUUUUCAGCCCAGAGAAGGGUGAUCAAAGUCGUGGGCACUACCAACAGACGGUGCCCAUGAAGUGGUCACAUCAAGACCCAUCUUUGCAGCCCCAACAGCGACCAAACACUUGGUCACAGGGUAUGGCAGCAUGGUCCCAGAACUUUGGCCCUUACCUGGGGCCUCAGACUGCUUUUGCAAAGCAGAUACAUGAGAACAUAUCAGUACAACAGCAGCAGCAACCCGAGGCAUCGACUAUUAGGGUAACUGAAAAGCAAAGUGGAGAGACCUUCAGGGACACGACCAAACCUGGCCGGGGCAUGGAUUGGGAACAGCAGCAAGCUUUUCAGCAGACACAAAAGCCUGGAAUGUUAAAUCCACAGCAGCACGGACAGUCCACCACUGGGAAUUCCGUGCUACAACCCUUUCAGUUAGCUUUUGGACAGCCCAAGCAGAACUUGGUAGCGGGUUACUAUCAGGUAGUUCAGGGCAAUCGGACCUUGCCAAAUUUGAACUACAGUGCGCAGACAAAUUCUCAACAUCAUCUUCAGCAACUACAGGAACAGGAGCAACAGCAAAAGCUGCAGAUGCAGCGACAGAUAAUGAUUCAACAACGGCAGCAACAGCAGCUGGAACAGCAAUUUCGACAACAGGCGCAGCAGCAACAGGUACUUCAGCAUCAAAAACAGUCUCGACAAAUACCACAAUCACAGUUACAGCAACUAAAACAGACUCCGCAACAGCAGCCGCAACAGCAUAUGCAACAGAUUCAACCACAGAUGGACUUGGUGCAGCAGCAAAAAAUAUCUGAGCAACCUCAUCAAAACCAACAUGUAUUGGAAAAUUACUCUGAUGGCCAGCAGCCACAUGCCCCUUCACUUGAUCAGCAUCACCCCUCAUUGCCAGGACAGUCCCAAGAGACUUCUAAUCCCCCAUCAACACAGACUAAGGACUCUGUUCCUCAGCCUCCCGCAACGGUUCCCCAGCAAUCCAUCGAGACCCAACAGCCGGGGCCCCGGAGAUCACGUCGGCUUUCAAAAGAGGGUGGAGGCCCUGCCUCAGAUAACCCAUUUGUCAUGCCGACUGAUCUUCAUACCCAAGGCUCUCAGAAUGGAGCUUCUGAGACCACUGCGGCGCAAGACAUCCGGGCCGCUCCAACAGGUGUAAUCCAGAGCACACGCCGUAAGAGGAGGGUGUCGCAAGAGGUCAACCUGGAAACCUUGGCUCAGAAGGCUUCGGAAAGGGAAUCGCUUCCCUCGCGUAAUAUCAAGCAAGAGCCACAUAGGCCCUGGAGCCCCCCUGUUGCCCCGACAGGUCCAGGACGAGGUGCAGCUGAGGUGGAUCAGAUGAGUGCCAAGCGGCCCAGAGAUGACAGCCUCAUGCCAUUGGUUAUUCCAGUAUCUGUGCCAGUGAGGCAGACUGGUUCCUCAUCCCCGGAUCAUGAGCAGGCUUCCCUCUCAGCUAGUUGGCCUUCACGGCCUUUGGGCAGCCAUGACAUGAGCUGCUCCGAUUACAAGACCUCUGUGAUUGUUACACGACGACGUUCACUGCGAAACUCUCUGUCUGAGAGCGCAGGACAGAAUGGUGGAACAGAGAGUGGAAGUGAAGCUGACGCCAAAUCAGCCAAAGCCAAACGACGGCCUCGUCCAGAACCUCUCUUUAUUCCCCCACCCAAACUUGGCACUUUCAUCGCCCCUCCAGUCUACUCCAGCAUCACCCCUUACCAGAGUCACUUACGUUCACCUGUCCGAUUGGUCGACAACCCCCUCAACAUGCCACCUUACACUCCCCCGCCCAUCCUCAGCCCGGUUCGAGAGGGUUCGGGUCUUUACUUUUCUACCUUCCUGUCGGCCGCUGCUGCUGCUGCUGCAGCAAAUAAUCAGGGGCUUCCCCCACCCGCCACUCCCAAAUCUGCCACCCGCAGCCUCCUACGCUCCAACAGCAGUGAUAUAACCCCUCCAGUUCUUUCUGCUAUGAGUGAGGCUACACCUGUCAGCAUUGAGCCUCGGAUAAACAUUGGAUUGCGGUAUCAAGCGGAGGUCCCAGAGCUGAGAGAGCGCUCGGCAGCACAGCACGACCUACACAAGGCUGAACUGGUGUGGGCGCCACUGCCUGACCUGGAGGCCAAUACUCAGCAACAGCAAAGAGUGGAUGACCUCAUGCACCUGGCGUGCUCGAGUGCAUUGUAUGGAGGAGGGACCAAUCAGGAGCUGGCUAUGCACUGCCUGUAUGAAUGCAAGGGUGAAAUCAUGGGGGCCCUCACUCUCCUGUUGUUAAAAAACCCCAUCUUUCCCAAAGCGCACCCCCUGGCUGACUAUCACUACUCGGGCUCUGACAGCUGGACGCCAGAGGAACGACGUUUCUUCAACAAAGGCAUCGCUGCCUACAAGAAGGACUUCUUCAUGGUCCAGAAACUGGUGAACUCCAAGACAGUGGCUCAGUGUGUGGAGUUUUACUACACGUAUAAAAAGCAGGUGAAGAUCGGCAGGAAUGGAACACUCAUAUAUGGCGAAGCAGAACCACCAGAAACUAAAGCCACAACAGAGGAGGAAGUGGACAAUAAAAGUUCACAGAAAUUUGAAUCACGGAAAGAAGACGAGGAGAGCAGGAAGUGGGAUGGGUCAUGUGACAGGAAACAAGAAAGCAGCCCGGGCAGGGUGACACAAUCUCUACAGGCCACUGAAAAUGCUGCUGCCGUCUUAGUCUUAAGAAGUCAGGAGGACAGCACUAGGGAUCCGUCCACGUUGGGGGUCAGUCAACCUCUUCCUCCUCCACCACCACCACCACCAUCUAAACCUCGCGCUGAAACCGCAGGCCGGAAAAGUGGGACCGGCAAUACAGGAAAAGGACAAACUAACCAAGAGGGUGAAUUUCCCUGCAAGAAGUGUGGCAGGAUCUUCUUUAAAGUGAAGAGCCGCAGUGCCCACAUGAAGAGUCACGCUGAGGCGGAGAAAAAAGCAGCUGCGCUCCGGCAGAGGGAGGCCGAGCAGCGGGCGGCAGCCGCCAUGUUGGCCGCCCAGCAGAACGGAGCGAUGGGGGAUCAGGGCAAAUCCAGGCGAGCCAGCAGCGACGAUUCCUCAGAGGAAGAGGAGGAUGCAGACGACGAAGACUGGCACUAGCUAACAAUCUCCUUUGUGUGACUGAGAAAAGACUUAUUUAUUUUGAUUUUACCAGCCAACAAAAUCCCAUCCCGAAAGAAGAGUUUCAGGGACUGGCUCACUCCCGUAGAAUGUUGGUGUGAGUGCGUAUGUGUUUAUAUGAGACGGACAAAGAUGGAGACCAAUGCUGUAGAGGCAUUCAGGGGCUUAAUGUUCAGAUAUAGGGCUAUUGGGAGUGUAAGCCAUGCCAUCUCAGUGUGAAUGUGUGUGCGUGUGUCUAUAAAAUGCACUUUCGGACUCAUCAAACACACACCGAUCUGACCGCAGCAUAUCUAUCAGUGUCUGUGCACAGAACUCACUCACUGUUCUCCCGUGAAAUGAACCUUUAUGGAUUCAGUGCUGUGGACGUCGACGGACGCAAAAGCAAGUGCGCGUGUGUGUUUAGUCUUUUCCUCCUUUUUUUGAAAUGAAAAUGACGGUAUAUUUCUCUUCCACGUGACUGCCAAACGCUUGCACAACUGUGCUUGUACGCCUGAUCUCCAGUGCUGUAAUUUUUGGGCUUUCUGUUUUCAGUAUCUUAAAGUUAUAGUUAAUCUGAAAUGGAAAAUUCUGUCGUUUUCUCACCCUCGUGCCGUUACAAAUAUGUACAACUUUCUUUUAUCCGUUAAACACAAAAGUUUAGUGGGAUGUUCUUUCUUCUCUUUGCCAUAUAAUAUUGCUUAAGGGCUUUUAAUUACCAAAAAGUUUUUUUAUAAAAGUACUCCAGAUAACUAUUAUGUCAUAUUCCAAGUCUUCAGAAGCCAAACAAUAGGUUUGUGUGAGGAAAUCUUGACUCAUCUUGAUAGCGUUGUUCAAGUUAACGAAAACUAUUAAAAAUCAUAUUCUUUAAUUGAUUUAAAGCUGAAAUAAAAUAUAAAUAUUAGAUGGAGAAUCUUAAAUGAAAAUAACUGAAAUAAAAUAAGAAUAAGUUGAAGUACUAAAAUUGCGAAAACUAAAACUGAAAUAGAAAUAUUAAAGCCCCAUGACAUGCCGACAAAAAUAUAUAUAUCGUGGCCACGUUGAACUAAUUUGUUCCCUCUUUUUGAUUUAACUAAAACAAGAGAACUAAUAAUUACUAUAUGGCCACAAUUUAAUAAAUCGAGGGAACAAAUUAUUAUAUUGUGCGCACAAUUUACUUAAAAUGAUGGAAUUAAUUAGUAAAACAUGUUGAUUUAUUAGUAAGUCGUGGGAGCGAAUUGUUAAUUCGUAGCCAUAAUAUACUUUUUCCCCUGCAUGUCAUGUGCAAGGCUCUGUAACAAAGUGAGAAAAAAAGUAACAAAAGCAUAAAAGAUACUGACACUUAAAUGAAAACAAAUGAUAACUGAAAAUGUAUUAUUAAUAAUUCAAUACAUUAAUAAAUACAGUAAGUAUAUAUUAUAAUAUAAAUAAUAAUAAAAUAACACAUGGGUAUACGUGCAUGGGAUUUAAGAGUUAUGGCAGAGUAUUUUUAGUGAAUGACAUCAAAAGACUUCGUAUUAGUACUGUCAAAUUGAUUUAUCGCGCUUAAUCACAUCUAACGUAAGUUUGUAAGUAAAUAAUGUGUGUGGGUGUCCAUAUAAACUUCUUUUAUGUUAGAUGCAAUUAAUCGAUUUGGCAGCACUACUGCUAAUACAUUUAGUACUGUCAAAUCGAUUAAUCAUAAUCGCAUCUAGCAUAAAAGUUUGUAAAUAUGUAAAUAUAAGCACACACAUAUAAACUGUUAGAUGCGAUUAAUCGAUUUGACAGCACUAAUGCUAAUACAUUAAGUAGUGCUGUCAAAUCGAUUAAUCGCAUCUAACAAAAUGUUUGUGUGUGUAUAUAUAUAUAUAUAUAUAUAUAUAUAAACAUAAAUAAACUUAUGUUAGAUGCGAUUAAUCGAUCUGACAGUACUAAUGCUAAUACAUUAAGUAGUGCUGUCAAAUCGAUUAAUCGCAUCUAACAAAAGUUUAAGUGUUUGUGUAUUUAUAAACUUUUAUCUUAGAUACGAUUAAUCGAUUUGACAGCACUUAUGCUAAUACAUUAGGUAGUGAUGUCAAAUUGAUUAAUCGCAUCUAACAAAUGUGUGUGUGUGUGUGUGUAUAUAUAUAUAUAUAUAAACUUAGAUGCGAUUAAUCGAACUGACAGCACUAAUGCUAAUACAUUGGUGCUGUCAGAUCGAUUAAUCGUGAUUAAUCGAAUCUAACAAAAGUUUGUAAAUGUGUGUAUAUAAACUUAUGUUAGAUGUGAUUAAUCGAUUUGACAGCAUUAAUACUAAUACAUUAAGUAGUGCUGUCAAAUCGAUUAAUCGCAUCUAACAAAAGUUUGUAAGUGUGUAAAUAUAUAUAAACUUUUAUGUUAGAUGCAAUUAAUCGAUUUGACAGCAUUAAUACUAAUACAUUAAGUAGUGCUGUCAAAUAGAUUUAUCACAUCCAACAAAAGUUUGCAAGUGUGUGUAAAUAUAUAAACAUAUGUUAGAUGCGAUUAAUCGAUUUGACAGUACUAAUGCUAAUACAUUAAGUAGUGCUGUCAAAUCAAUUAAUAAAAUAAAUGUGUGUGUGUAUACACACAAACUUUUGUUAGAUGUGAUUAAUCGUGAUUAAUCGAUUUGACAGCACUGCUUAAUUUUAUAUAUCGCAUUAGUAGUAUAGACCACUAUUAUUCUUCUUCUUAUUAUUAUUUAUUUAUUUAUUUAUUUACUUUUUCGAGCUUGAUAGCCACCCCUGGUGUUAGUAUAUAUUUUCACUUUAUGGCAAUGACCAGGUUGAACAUUCAGCUUAACAUCUCCUUUCAUGUUCGCCGUCAGAUACGGCUUUGGAAAUACACGAGGGCGAGUGAAUGAUGCUAGGGUUUUCUUUUUUUGAAGUAACUAUUCCUUUAAUUUGAAAUGGUGACCUCGCUGAUGCCUUCAAUGUUUUUGACACUUUCUAUCUUUACAUGACAAUCACUUUUACAAAGGUCUUUUUUUAUACUCCGCAGAUUAUAAUGGUUGUCCUCGAUAUAAUCAUUUGUUGUUGUUAUCAUUACUGUUACUAUUAGCUUUGUACUGUUUUAUUAUAAUUAUGUUGUUUUCUUUUUGGGGGGAAGGGGGUGGGUGGGGUGGAAUUCUUUUUCUCAUUUGACUUUUAGUUUUAGACGUUUGCUACCUGUGUUUAAGUGAAGAUUGCAUAUAGUUGCUGAGAGCGUGAUUUAUGAAACCACACUGUAAGUGCAAUAGCAAUAGUGGGACUUUUGAGUUCCCUCCCACUCCACUUUUCUUUGUUUUAUUUUAUUCUCAGCGUCUUUGAACAAAUGUAUUAGAUAAUCAACUUAUGUUUUAGUGUAAGAACAAAUGUGAGAUCUGAUGGUUGGUGAGUUUAAGGGCAGUUGCAAGCAGCUCGGGUUUCUAUCUCUCUACUGGCCAAACACUUAAGCACUUGGCUUUGUCUCCAUGGCAACAAAGAGUCUUCUUUUAAAGGAUAGGCACACAGGGGAUUUCACAGCCAACAGUAACAGCUCCAAUUAUUGCUAAUAACACAGAAGUCUUCUAUGCAGAAUGUGUGUGUGUGUGUAUGCACGUGCGAAUGCAUGCGUGGUUGUUUAUUUGCAUGGGUGUGCAUGCGUGGUUGUGAGUAGUUGAUGCACCAAAACUGUUUCAAACUUAAAGCCAAGUGAGAAAAAGAAGCUUCCUAGACUAUUUAAUGUCUUUUUUUGUUAUUUCUAAAAAUAUAUAUAUAUUAUAUAUACUUGUUCAUAUAUGUGAAAAGACUGAUUUGCUCUAAUAUGAAGAUAUGGGCAUUUGUUGAAAUGAUUUAGCCAAGCUUUUUGUUAUUGUUGUUGUUGUUGAAAGAUGAAUAUGAUGGUGAAAUUAAUUUGGGGAAUGUAGUAAGGGUGCACCUCCCGUUUCUGUCUUUCAUUCAGCCAAGGGAAAUUCUUCUGUAGAGAAAUAUAAAGUAUGAAAAAGGCUUCUAUAACUGUAUGCACACUUUCUAUGCUAUUUUCAUAGGGGCUUGUACACUAAUGAUGGCUGUGGAAAGAACUCUGAAGUGCUUUUUACUACAGUAUAACUUAUUGUGUUUCAGUUGUUUUUAUCAUGUGUUUUAGAAUAAUAAAUAAGGAAAAAAACACAAUAAACAUGACAAUAUUUGUAACAGUAUUUGGGAAGGAAGAGUGUAUUUUAAUUGGCCAAAUGAUGUCUAGAGGACAUGAAUAAAAAAGAUCAAGAUAA